GGGAAAGAGUUGAUGUGGAGAAAGAGUUCAACAUCCACAUUUCAAGAACAAACAUUCUGGAGAGAGGUCUUCUGCAGUGGCAGCGUCAAAAGACAAAUACACCAACUGCUACGUUGAAGGUGUCCUUCUUUGGGGAAGCAGGAGUAGACACUGGUGCACUUCGAAAAGAAUUUCUCACAGAAAUGGUGGCCAGAAUUGAGACUCGUUUCUUUGAGGGACCACCACACCAGAAAAGUCCACGCUACUCACUGACUGACUUUGACAGUGGACUCUUCAGGACUGUUGGAGAGAUUUUAACAGUUAGUUUGGCACAAGGAGGUCCUGCCCCUGCGUUUUUCAGCCCAUGGGUUUACAGUUACUUCUGUAAUGGGCAGAUCAACCCAAUGCUUCUCGGCAAGAACACAGUGGCAGAUUCACAGCUGCGUUCACUGAUUGACCAGGUGGAAUCCUCAACUGAACAGUCAGUUGAGGGUCUGACCGAUGAGAUUUUAAACUGUGGAUUCACAGGAGCCAUCUCAGUUCAAAACAAGGAGCUGAUUGUCCGAGCCAUUACACUCCAUGCCGUGCUUAGAUUGCAGCCAAUGCUGGAACAACUUAGGGAAGGUUUGCAGCUGUAUGGCCUUCUUGAGCUGAUUAAGCAGCACCCAGAUACCUGCCAGCCUCUCUUUGUCCAAGGGGAAGAUGUUAAAGUUAAUGCAGAGUUUGUCAUGGCAUCCAUUCACCCUCAGCUGAGUGAAAAGGGAACCACCAGGCAUCAAGUUGAGCUGGAGAUGCUUAAUUUCAUCCAAGACUUUCUUUACGAAUCAGAAGCAGAAAGUCCAGAGCAUCUAGGUGAUGAAGGUGGCCCAAGAUCUGUUACACCUGCCAGGUUUCUGCAGUGGAUCACUGGUCAGGGUCAUAUUCCACUCCUUCCCUCAGAAAAAAAAGACUUUGCUGUGGUGAUCAAGUUUAACCAUGACUGUGGUGCUGACUUUGGAAAGCACAGCAUCUGCUAUCCUGUUGUAUCUGCAUGUGCUAAGACCAUCGUGCUGCCUGUCAAACACAUGAAGUCCUAUGAUCAAUUUAAAGUGGUUCUAAUGGAUGCUUUUCAUCUUGGCCAGGAAUUUAACAAUGUUUAAAGUGUGACCAUUGUCUUCUCCUGUUUUGAGGUUUAACUCAAGCCAAACUGUUAUGCAAACAGCUGUUUUUAUCAAUUUCAUGUUCAAGUUAAAGAAACACUUACAUAAGUUGUAAAUUAAGUAAGUGAAGUACACAAAGAAUUUACAGUUUAAAAGUCAGUUUUACUUCAGAAAAAAAAAAUGCUGUUUGGAAUAAGAUGGCUGUUUUCACCAAAAUUCCCAAGCUUUCAUUCUCCAUGUUUCAACAAAUAAACAUAGUACAACAACCUUCUCUGUGUUGAAAAGUCAAAUGUAUACUGAAUCCACCUAGGAAACCUGAUUUAUUACGAAGCUCAAUACAUCCAAAUAAAUGUCUCUGCCCUGUGAUUGAGAUGGUCUUGUGACAUCAAU